AUCACAAAUUGUAACGUGCUUCGUGCCCAUGUGUUUUUAGCCUCUACCAGUUGUGGUAAAACAUGAAUUUGGAACACGCAAGCUCCGUAACAUCUGAAACAUCUGGCGAGCUUUCAUCUGCGGCCGAGGCAUGCAACAGAAGGAAAAGAAAGCGCGUCGCCCCUCCCGAGGCGCCCGGGGGGGCCAAGAGGUCAAAAGGGCGCUCGCCGAGCAUCUCCGUGCCGCCCGACAGCCUCCAACGAGCGAUCGGGGCGAGCGAGCUGACGGCGCUGCUGCACUACGCCGCUCUGGGGAGGGCGGGCGGCGUCCGGCGGCCCAGCUGGUGUCGUCUCCGCCGUCAGAGGAGGGUCACGGCGGUGAACGUGGUGAUCGUGGAGGGGCUGACGCAGACGCACUUCUACAAGCACUACCUCGCCCUGCGGCACCUCAGGACCAGCUACACCACCAGGCUGACCUUCACGCCAUCGCUCGGCGACCUGGCGUCCGGGAUCUUCAGCGGGGAGGUUCUGAAAACGGGCGCCGCGUCCCUCCAGCGGCCGCUCGGCGGGAGACUCAAAGCAGCACUGAUGACUCACCCAGUGAUCACCAAGUUCGGCACCCAGAGGAGAGGCCUGACGGCGUAUGUUCUCACCGAGGAAGAGAUGAUCAAGAGACGCUACCCUGUCAAAGGGUUGCCGGGCUUCGAGGGGUUUGUGUGCACAGACUGCGCUGACCGCGUGACGGACAGCAGCCCUCUGUACGGAAUGGACUGUGAGAUGGUUCACACAGAGCGAGGGUACGAGUUGGCGCGCGUCUCUCUGGUGGACAGCGACGGGAGCUGUCUGCUGGACGACCUGGUGAAGCCUCAAAACCGAAUACUCAACUACCUCACCAGGUUCUCUGGUAUAACCAAAGCGAUGUUGCGACCAAUCACGACGAGCCUGCGUGACGUUCAGGUGAAGCUCGGGAAGCUGUUGCCGAGCAACGCGGUUCUGGUGGGACACUCGCUGGAAAGCGACCUCGUGGCUUUGAAACUCAUCCACCGGCAUGUAAUGGACACCUCGCUGCUGUACAGGAGAGACUUUGGACAAAGGUUUAAGCUGAAGGUCCUGGCAGAGGUCGUGCUGCAGAGACAGAUACAAACAGAAGACAAGACGGGGCAUAACCCUGUUGAGGACGCGGUGGCAGCUCUGGAGCUGGCUCAAUAUUUUAUAAAAAUGGGGCCGAGUCAGGUGGUGGAGCGUCACCGAGAGGAGCUGUGGGGAUACACCACGGUGGACGAGCCCGCUGACUGUGAGCCUGAAGCCAAACCCAGUCUCAGGUUUGCGGACGUGUUGCAGACUCUGGGCCGGUCCGUGGCCUACAUGGGGAGGCGCUCGGACGUCCCGCUGGAUCUGUCCAAUCAGCAGUGGCACAACUCGGACAAAGCACUGGUGGCCUCCUUCAGGAGGCGGACCGGGUGUCCGUUCCUCUCGGUGCUCAAGUUCUCCUCCCUCUCUGACCGCCCGCGCCCGGAGCCCCUCGCCGACGCGCGCGCCCUUCGGGACAUGUGCGUGGCGUUCGCCGGGCCGCUCCCCGCGGGCGUCUCCGAGCGGGAAGUGAGGCGGCUCUUUGGGCGCUGCGGGGCGGUUCGGAGCGUCCGACUGUUGAGCUCGCCCGUCACGGUGCAUGCAGAGGUGGAGUUUGAGCUGCUGGAGGGGGCCGUGCUGGCUCUAAAGGUGUUGAAUGGACUUCACGUGCAUGGACAGCCCAUCAAGGUGCAGAGGCCCGUUAACGCGUCGCUGCUGGACCUGGACCUGACUCUGGACGCCUUGAUGCGCGACGGCACCAACGCCAGCCGCCUCUACGCCGCCAGGUCCCGCCUCUCCGCGAGGGCCAACGGCGCGCCGCGGCCGGACCGACUGUCCGAGGAGGCCGUCCGAGAGACGUUCGGGCGCUUCGGCCCGGUGGAGGGAGUCGUCCUGGCCGCGAGGCACGCCCACAUACAGUUCCAGGGCCCGGCGGAUAGGGAGGCGGCACUCGGCUCCUCCGAGGACCUCCGCAAGGAAAAGUACCUCGUCUGUCCGUCCCUGACGCCGCCGCACUUACCCUCCUGGGUUGCUACGACGACGACGAGGAGCAGCGGGGAGGAGGAGGACGACGCCGGCGGCGAGGAGAGGCCCCCCGGGCACGCCGGCUCGCAGGUGAAGGCAGACCGGGCUGCUGAUGAGGACCAGGAAAUGGACCUCCUGUUGGGGAAGUUGGACCGCCGCCUACAGAAGCUCCUCGGAUCUCUCCCAGAAGGCACCUUGUCCGUGGUCGUGCUGCCCGGAGGCGCCAGCGCUCAGGGUUUGUGCCUAAUGGAGGUGAAACAGUGAGGAACCGGCCUCCAACUCAUCAGCCGGCGUCACGCUCCAGUGGAACCCUUGGAUUAGGUAGAAUGUGUAUAAAGUUUAAAUUAAAUACAGUACUUGUAAAGAGAUUGCCGCCCCGGAGAUAAUGAAAUGCUUGGAGAGUCUUUUAAUGGGAACUUGGUUGGAUUUUAUUUUUGUAAAUGGUCUGAAGGUGUUUUAGUGAGAAUUGGUUUUUGUGGAAGCGUGAAGUGACUGAAACCAAAGACAAUCACAUCCUAUGUUCACUUGAUUUUAUAACAAAUUGCCUAUAAAGUUUUUUUAACCAGCAACAAAUGUUUGAAUAUCAGACUUGUUUUUGACUUUCAGAAACCAUGAAUAGAGUAUAUCAAAGUGAGACUUUUCCCUCAUCCAGGGAGAUCUGGUUCACU